UUCACAAUGUCUGUACUCAACACACUACAUUGCUCAACUUUUGGACAAGGCUUUAGCAACAAUGAAUGCCAGGCCACUGCCAGGGGAUUACUUCGGCACAAUGCUCACAUUGACAGCACACAUUAUCAUGCAAGGACACGUGGUGGUCUUCAUCCCUCCUACAUAGCCUUUCACUCCAAUACUCAAGAGCCCGAGCUGGGAAGAUCACAGACUCAGAAAGAACUUGUCAAGGCGACACUCCAAGAUGUAGUUGAUGCAAUUGCUAUGCAGGACUGCCUCGAUGGUGGUAUAUCCCUGUUGAUUCGGUGUGCGGGCUCUGGAGUAUCUCCAACUAUGUCGCCGGAGAAAAUUCCUCUUGAGCUGUACAUCACACCAUGA